GCGUCUGGUAUGACGAUUGUGCUUCUACUUCCGCUACUUCCGUUUGUGGAAAGCAGACAGUACGUGGCUCUUCGCCGGUAGUUUUCGGCGACUUGCGCAAAAUGCCCAAGCAAAACGAAUUAAUAGAUAAAGCCGAAGAUGUGGCUGAUCUGGUUUUGCGACACUCAAAACACGUUCUUCCUCAUGCAGCCCGCUUCUGCCUCAUCAGCACUUUCUUGGAGGAUGGCAUUCGCAUGUGGACACAGUGGAAUGAGCAGAGGGACUACAUGAAUGCCUCCUGGGGGUGUGGCUAUGUACUGGCUUCCCUUUUUGUGCUGACUAACCUGACAGGACAGUUGGCGGGUUGUGUGAUGGUUCUAAGUCGACAGAAAGUUCCUAUUGCAUGUGGUAUACUUUUUGGUAUCAUUGCACUUCAGACAGUGGCAUACAGCAUAUUGUGGGAUGUCAAGUUCUUGAUGAGGAACCUGGCUCUGGCAGGGGGUGUACUGCUUUUGCUGGCGGAGAACAAGGCAGAAGGCAAGAGUUUAUUUGCUGGCCUGCCCUCAACUGGUGAAAACAAUCCUAAACAGUACAUGCAACUCAGUGGCCGCAUCCUGCUAGUCCUCAUGUUUCUGACCCUCCUCCGCCUGGAGAUCAGUAUGCUUCAAAUUCUCAUCAACGUCAUUGGCACAGCUCUUAUUGUCCUCAUUGCUAUUGGGUACAAAACCAAGCUGUCUGCUUUAGUGUUGGUCAUCUGGCUAACAGGGCUUAAUGUCUACUUCAAUGCUUGGUGGAACAUUCCAGACUAUCGGCCCAUGCGGGAUUUCUUGAAGUAUGACUUUUUCCAGACCCUGUCUGUGAUUGGUGGGCUCUUGCUAGUUGUGGCAUAUGGCCCUGGUGGAGUUAGUAUGGAUGAGCAUAAGAAAAAAUGGUAGUGAAAACAACUUCCAAUAGAAAUUUUAGACCCUUUUUUAAAAAGUAAUUCAUUUCCUUUGGUCUGUUCUUUUUAAAUGGUAAGAAUACUGCGUGAAUUGUUAGAAUAUUUAGAACAGAAUCAACAUGUCCUUCAUUUUAUUUUUCUUAAAAAUUAAAGCAGACUUGUCUUUGACAGUACAGAGGACUAAAAAAGAAAAAAAAACCUUGGUUUUGAAGUACUUUUUCUUAGCUUGUCCUAUUGUGAAGGAUUUUUUUCCCAAGCUUGUACAUCCAUCUUGUUUGUUUGUUGACAAAUCCUCAGCACUUAGCAGCUUAAUGUUUCAUGAGUGUCUGAAACAGGAUCAGUAUAAUUGUACAGACUUUGUAAAAUGUCACUGUUGAGAAAAAAAGUAUCAGGGUAUAGGAGAGGACCAUGUGGAGAAUUUGCAUUUGCCUAUUUUUAGCAUUCUCCUAAAGAAAUGCGAAUUACCUUUUGGCAAUGAAUAACUGAAUGAUUGGCACCACAUUUGUAGAAGGUUUCUAACACUGGUCAAGGGUCUUUUUCAGGUGACGGUAUGUUUUAUGAAUGUGGUUAAGUGUUGUAUACUUAUAUCGGGCAAUAAAUGAUAAAGAACUGGUGGUUUUGGUGUGUCUUUGAAGUCUAUUUCACUGUAAAAAAGAAGUUUUGUUGGAACAUCUCAGCAACCCCUGUGUAAGACAACAGCUUUUAACCAAAAUUUGUGUUUCUCCUGAUUGAUUCGCUGGUGACUCUUUUGUGGCUGAACUGCAUUAUGAUGAGUAGCUUAUGAUAUAAUCCAUACUUUCUAAAUAAUGAAAGUCCAUGCUUUGUGAAUACGGAAUGAAAGUACUCAAUGUAGAAUGAUAUGCUUUCAAAUGCACUAACCAGGGUCUCUUUACAUGUCAGCUGUUAGACUAUAAUAACUGUGCUGGCAUGGAUGUUUACACUGGGUCUUUGAGUGAAUGCAUUUUUUUUUAUUAUUAUUAUUUGUGAGUCAGUGCUGUUAUUCUGGCGUGUAUGUACUUGAUAUAUGUAAUCACUUUAUGUAUAAGAGAGACUUGACAGCUUGAUGAAAAUGAAAACCACAGCAGUUAUCUGCUGUGUCCUGCUUGCUUGAGCUGAAGUUUUGGUUUUAAGAUUAGUCCUCUGCUAUCUUGUCCAAGUCAUUCUGUUUAUCUUGUUACAAUGUAAGACAAUACCAUGACUGUGCAGAAGUCAAUGUGUAAUAAAAUCACAAAGACUUGUAAGAAUCUGUUGAUCUUCUACAUAUGUAGAUUUUCUUUUGAUAAAUACUCAGUUGUUUUUGGUGGUCUGGGAUUUUUUUUUUGUGGUCCAUUUUUGAGAAUAUAGGUGUGACAGAAUCUAGUGAGGAAUUACACUUUGAUUUUCAUAUUGGCCAUAUUGAUCUUAAAGGAGCAAGGAAUUGCCCAUAUUUUUUUAGAUUUAAGAUAUGGAAUAUUUUGAACCAUGCAAGUUUUAUCAGGUGCUAGUUUCAGAUGUUCUUAACUAUCAAAAAGAUAACACUUAAUUUUGACUGUUAACGACUUCUUUUUGUCAACCUCCCUUGAAAACAAUUGUAAUAAUUAUUGCUGUUUAUAUAUAGUCCAUUUUUUUUUUGGUCUUUGAUGAGUGUAAUAAAUUCUUCAACUGAAACAUGAUGUGUCUGCAUCCAGGCCUGUGUGAUUAAAUUUGGCAUAUCAAUAGGGAUGCUUCUGACUUCAUGAUAGCCUAGUAAUUUGCAACGAAAGCAGUUUUGUUGAUCAGGUAUGUUGACAGCAUUUUGCUAGGGUAAGUAAUAAUUUUAUGAUUUCUUUUGAGGGGGUGGGAAAGGAUAGGUUCUCAAAUUCACCAAUCAGUUUCAGGUCACAUGUGAUUUCAUGUUUGUCAGUAUAAUGCAUUAAACAUGAAGUUUAAAGAGCGGUGGAGUAAUCUGGAUUUGAUUCUUGAUGCGUUGCGGCAACUUUCAUCCUAUUGUGUAGUUGCCAUCCUUUUAGCCUGGCACAAAAGUUUAUCUCCGUGGGCUGCCGCCCCUCCCCCUACCCCAUUCCCGAAUUGCUUUAAAGCUGUUUCUUGUAAACAUGUUCAUGGAGUCACAGAUAUAUCAGGCAGGAUGUGGCUUGUCCUCAUACACUGAUGAUUCAAUGUGCACAACUGGAUCUCAAGGAAUUGUAGUCUGACGGGAAGUUUUCUUUAAGUAGGAUUUGGAUUGUUUGUAUGAGGCGUGAUAUGGUGUCUUGACACUGGGAAUGAAUGGAGACCCAAGUGAAGCAAGAGAGAUUAUGUUUUAAUCGCUGCAUGCCUUACUUCAGUAUUUUGUUUUUAAUCAAGUUAUCGUUGUAGCCUCUUAGUCGUAAGAGGAUGUGUGCUGAGUUUUGUUGCCCCUGUCCCUUCUCAGAUUUGAGAGAAUUUGGACUGACACUUCAAAAUUUCUGAAAAGAUUUGCACCUUCAGUAGAAUUAUAUUAAGUUUUGGGAAAAAAAAAUGAGCAGAGCCAUAUAGUUCUGUAUAUUUUCUUUUUAAGUAAUAAAUUACAGUCCAGGAUUUGGUGUUCUGUAAACAUGAUCUAUACGCAGGUUCGUUUUACUUUGUGACAUGGUUGUUUUUAGUUUUUUAAUUUGGCUUCUUGUUUCCUGAAAGUACUCAAUUUUUGUUUGCUUUAUGUCAUUUAUAGGCACUGCUGUGUGUGCAAGAGGAGACUCCAAAAGUAAAAUAAUUGGGAUGGAGGAGUGUACCCGAGAGUGAUUGCAAUUGAUAGUUAACAAUCAACUAGUAAAUAUUUGAAGUCUUCCUGUAAAAUUAAGUUGGUUGGAACUUGAUCAGUUGAGGAAGAUGACCGUUUUAGUCUUAUAUUGGUUUUACUUGUCCUGCAUGUUUCAGUAAAUUUGGUUGACUGCUGUUAAUUUGCUGCUUUUUAUCUGCCAGAAACGUAUGUUAAUAUCAGCGUUUUUUUUAGGAAGUGUAGUAUUUCAGAGAGUUAAGGACAAAGUUCUCCAAUGAUGCAGAGCGUCAUCAAACUGCUAUGCAGUUCAUUUUACUGCAAAGAUGAUCAUGUUACACAUGAUCAGUGUUCACAAGAUACUGCCGUAACCUUUGUUUGCAGGAUCUGGCAUUUUAAGCCUCAUGAGAAAAUGUUCGACAGCUUUGAUUUUCAGAUUUGUCUGUAAUUUUGAUAUCCCUGUAGUCAGUGUAUUAAUCUUCUAUUUGUUUUGAAAAAUGUAAAAAAACAAAAAUGUGGUUGUUUGA